AUGAAGCCCUUUCUCUUGGCCAGUAUUGCAGUGUUUCAAUGGAUUCCCGGGUCACUGGGAGUCCCAGGUCACAAGUCAGACGACACAACGCCUUUCGCUACCGUCAAAAAUGGCACGUAUCGAGGAGUUCACUCAAAUGACUAUAAGCAAGACUUUUUCUUAGGCAUUCCUUUUGCUAAGCCUCCCGUCGGCGAUCUACGAUUCCGAAACCCUCGAUCAUACGACACGACUUGGAAAGGAACCCGUGAUGCGAACAAGUACUCUCCUGCUUGUGUGGGCUAUGGAGAUUGUUUGUACCUGAACGUCAUAAGACCUUCAGGCCACUACAACGAGAAACUCCCGGUGGCAGUAUGGAUUCAUGGUGGAGGUUACUACCAAGGCAGUGGGGUCGACCUCCGCUACAACCUCACCUUCAUCGUCGAACAAUCCGUCAAGAUCGGCCAUCCCAUCAUCGCGGUCAACAUAAACUAUCGUCUUGGUGCGUUUGGAUUUCUCAACUCAGCCGAAGCUUUCGAGACUGGUGACUCAAACAUGGGUUUUCGAGAUCAGAGAUUAUCCUUGCAUUGGAUCCAUGAGAACAUUGCCGCCUUUGGAGGUGAUCCGUCCAAGGUGACCAUCUGGGGCCAAAGCGCUGGUGCUGCGUCUGUUGGUGCUCAGAUUCUGGCCUAUAAUGGCCGUGAUGACAAGCUUUUCCGCUCAGCUAUCCUACAGAGUGGCGCACCCAUCUCUCUUGCAUCUCAAUCUGACCUGUCGGAGGAUUUGUACAAGCUACUUCUCAAGAACACUAGCUGUAGCUCGCUCGAAUGUCUACGAUCUCUGCCUUUCGUUGAUCUCAAUAAAGCACUCAACAGUACCGCCUUUUCCGGAUGGAAUCCAAAGAUAGAUGGAGACUUUGUGGCCAGACACUCUUCCCAGCAGUUGCGAGAUGGCGCAUUCGUCAAGGUUCCAAUCAUUAUCGGCGCGACCACCGACGAAGGGACAAGUUUCUCGAAGUUGGGAAUCAACACAACUGCACAGUUCAUUGCAGCCAUAGAGAACUCGUCUCCGCCUAUCAACAAAUAUUUUGCUCGAAAAAUUGCUAAAGCCUAUCCCGAACAAAGCCGAGACCAAGUCCUUCACAAUCUUGCGUCUGACUGGGUACCCCCUCCCAACUAUGGUAAACAGUUCCGAAGAGCGGCCACUUACUACGGGGACGUCAAUAUGGUGGCACCGAGAAGACUCGCUGCUGAGGUUUGGGCAGACAAGGGUCUGCCUGUUUACUCAUAUCGAUUCGAUGCGAUUCCCGCAUGGGCUACCUUUAUCCAGGGAGCAACCCACUUCGUCGACGUGGCAUUCUCCAUGAUAAACCUCAACGGCACAGGCUACGCACCAAUCCGCAAACCGCCCUUUCUCGGCCUUCCAGAGUCGUACAGGGAUCUUGCAAGGCUCAUGUCUGGCGAUUUUGCUAAAUUUAUGGCAACUGGAGAUCCAAACGGUUGGGAGGGUCGAAAAGAUUCCAUGAAAAGUCUAGGCAAGCCAAUUCCUGCUUGGCCAGUUUACAAAACGAGAGGGCAUAGUUUUCCGCAAAACUUUGUGUACCAGGGAAAUCUCAGUAGCACGGUCGAAAAGGAUGGUUGGCGGAGGAAUUCAAUCGCGCUUCUCAAUUCUGUUAAUAUGGAUGUUUAUGAUCGGUAG